CCUGCCUUAGUGCUGCGACUGUGCCACGAAACAGCCUGGUUGGAUUCAUCGAACCCGCCCUCCCCUCCAAGUUACAACAUGCCAUAGCUAUUUCCAUUAGUUCUUUCUCUAGACUAUAUUAUCUGCACUAAUAUGAUCCGAGGUGAAGAUUUAGGAUAGGCUGCGUGCGAGAGUGACGUUGGAUUAAUACAAGGAAAAAUAAUAUUUCGGUCCGAUGACUGGGUUAGAUACAAUGGGUGACAUAAUACAGUGGCGCGUGCGCGGGGCGCCGUGUGGGCAACCGUAUCUCUGCUGCUCUCUCUGGCUCAGCCCUGCUCCGAGGGGUUAGUUGGUUGCCAGUGGGCGCCAUGUUUUGCAGUGAAUGUGUGCUUCAACUAUUGCGAAAUAACAUUUACAAAUUUAGAAAAGGUACACCUGGAAAAGAACGGGGACAUCUACUUUUAGAUGCAUCUCAUAAUUUUCAAUGAAAUUAUAGUGUUAGAUCAAUGUGAAACAUACCAUACUCGUACAUUGACCUGCGGCUGAGUGUGUUUUAAGAACGAGGCGGUGUUUUCUUAUUUCGUUUUCUCCGGUAGUGUUUUAUUCUCCCAUAAUGCAGCCUUCGAUUUUGUGUAGUGUUCAAAGUGUUUGCUACCAGGUGCCACAUUCUUUCUGUUGGUGCAGCAAGGAGGAAGUGACUUCUGUUUAUUUGUUGCCUUUGUUCUUUCCUGUAUCGGGGGUUAAUAUCCGUGUUACAGCCAAUCCAGUUUUAAUCUCCACUCCUUCACUGUUAGGCCUACCGUUUCUUGCUUAAAAUGUUAUUCAUGUUACGAUGCAAAAUAUAUGAUAAUCAUGAAGCUACACACUCGCCGGCAACGACAGGAUAAAUCGCCUAAAAACAUUUACUGUAUACAAGACACGCUAAUUCCUAUGCCAUUUAGAAAUGAUGUAAUCAGUAUGGGCUAUAUACAUUAAUUCAAUUUGUACCUAUUACAAAAAUAGACGUUUCAAUAAAAAUUUUGGAAGAAUUAGGCCUACGUACUGGACACUGUUAUAUAUUUGUGUUGCUGCAUGUAAAGCAGGCCUACGGUGUUAUUCCACGUGAAGUGCUGGUGCUAAAAUGGUGUCAUAAUCGUUUACAUCGAUCUUAUUUGGAUAUACAUUAGUGUACUUUAAGAAGGGAUCUUGUUCUGCAGACGCAACCAUGGCCGUCAUGUCGUCAUCUACUGAACCCCAGAACCUCCUCCUGCAGCAACCCUGUUCAGCUUCAAUCUGCUCAGUUGCCAGGAACACAACAGCCUUCAUGGGACACCACAAAGAUGUCCAACGCGAGUGAGUCCGCAGGCGGGGAGAAGCCCAACUCUGGCUCGGGGUGCCGCCUGCGAGGGGGCAGCACUUCGUCGGGCAACAAUUCCGCCACGCCUCCUCACCAGAACAACAAACAACAACAGCAGCAACAACAACAACAGCAGCAGCAGCAACAACAGCAGCAGCAAGCGCCAUCAGGACAACAACAGCAGCAACAGCGCCCCAACAAGCCGUGCUGCUUUUGUUGGUGCUGCUGUUGUAGCUGCUCAUGUUUGGCGGUGGGAAACAGAGAAGAGAACAAUCCCAAGAACAAUCUCUUGGAACCCAAUGGUCCCUGCGACGGGGAACCCACGCCGACGCUGGAAGAAAUCCGAAGUUGGGGCAAAUCAUUUGACAAACUCAUGAGGAAUUCCGCUGGCAGGAAAGUGUUUCGAGACUUCCUGCGCUGUGAAUACAGUGAGGAAAAUAUUCUCUUCUGGCUUGCUUGUGAGGAGCUCAAAAAGGAGACCAAUCCAGAUGUUGUGGAAGAGAAAGCCAGAUAUAUAUAUGAGGACUACAUCUCAAUACUCUCACCCAAAGAGGUGAGUCUGGACUCAAGGGUGCGGGAGAUUGUGAAUCGCAAUAUGAUUGACCCAACACCUCAUACAUUUGAUGAGGCUCAACUCCAAAUCUACACGCUCAUGCACAGAGACUCAUAUCCUCGCUUUGUCAACUCAUCACUCUUUAAGCAGUUGGCACAACUGAACAACAAUGGUAACAAUGGUGGUGGAGGUAGUGCGGCAGGAACACCUACUGCCACGCAAACUAGUGGGCGUAAGGAGAGUAAUGCGUAAUGUCAUGGCACCACUGUGUGGACAAGGUGAGUUCUACCCUAGAAGGAAAGGAAAACCUUCCAUUCAGAAGACAGUUAUAUAUCAGCAAUGCAGAACUCUCACAGUGUUGAAGAUUCAUUCUCAAGGAUGCAUGAUGUUAGAAGCUCAAGGCAUUUUGAAGGCAAUAUUGUAUGUUAACACCAUCUGUCCCACUGUGUUUCUUUGUAUCAAAAACGCCAUAUAUCAAAAGAAUUUACAGUGAACAUACACAGUCAUUUUAGGCAGUGAACAAAGAAUACCAAGACAGGCAUAAAUGCACAGCUUGAAAGUGGAUGUGGAUGAAUUCCUGUAAACAAAACAUACAUGAAAAUAUCCCAGCAUCCUCUGAAUAUGCCUCUUCAGCCACACUCAACAAUAUGCAUUUCCAAUCAUGACGGAGACAGGAAGGUAGACUAGGUGAGCCAAUGAAAGACAGUCCUCAUAAUAUUGAGGGUCCUUUGUUGUAAUAAAAUGAAUGAGAUUCAUUCCACAAGUGCUCUUUUGGCAAUAUAACUGAUAGUAUUGAACAAAUCAUAUAGGAAGUGAACUUCCAUGCCAUUCCAAAAGAGUUGCACAAUCUCUACAGUUAUUAUAUGUUAUUAGUUAAUAAUAAUUUUAUAAGUCAGAGCUGAAUAAAAGGAUAUGUAAGUCAAUGAUUUUACAACCAACAAGAAAAUGAUAGAAACUUCAAACAUGAUAAGAAAAUCACUCAGUGCCUCAAAACAGACGAAUAAACCAUCAUAGCAUUGAUUCAGUAUUAGUACUACAUUCUCUAAAUUACACUACCCAGUAUUAUUUCAAAUUUACAACAAACUCUUAAAUUAAAGGUACUGAUGAACAACAUAUUUCAUAUUUUUACUGUACCACUUAUAUUCUGGACUUAAAUUUUUAUUCCUAUUUAUGGAGACAAUUUUGAAAGGAUAUUAAUAAAUUUAGAUUCUGGAAGUUGUCAAAUAUGUGUUUAUGACACUGAAUUGGAAUUACAUAUUUUUCUGUAAUGAUAAAUUAAAUUUUAAAAACCUCUGCUUCUUUUGCAUUUAAUUUGAUCAUUUGUAGUAUUCAUGAGUUAUUUUCUGUUAAUAUUGUUAAGGAUGAUUUACAGUUGUGUGUAAACUAUCAUACUUCCUCAAAAGAAACUAAAUCAGUUUCAGAAAUUUCUGUUGAAAAACAUUGAAGUUAACUUAGUUCCAAUCCACACAAAUGUAAGAAACAAAAAUUCCAGCAGCCAUCCUCUAACCAGUUUUGAGAAGAUACUGUGCCUGUAUCAAGAAGGGGAAAAUAGUCCAUUCAACACAAUUUGGUACGAGGGAAUGAUCAAUUUAAAAGGAAUCAGUUAUUAGUAAUUUCAGGUUAAAAUGCUUAUUAUUUAUGAUUUGUUGUGCCAAAGCUUAUUUUCAUAAAGAGUACAAUGCAAGAAGUACAAUAAUUAAGGGUAUACAUAAGCAGAAAAAUUUUGUAUUUUUCAGUGGUGGAAUAUAUUGGAACACAUUAAUUGUUGCUCCUUUAUUACUUUGUUAUAAAAUAUCUUUAUUUACGAGGAGCGUUCCAUAUAUAAUACCUCCUAUUUUUUUUAAAGAAAACUACAACAGAUACAGAAAGCAUUAUAAUGCAGUUAA